AUGGAUUUGAUCGAAUUCCUCCUCGAAAACGGGCCCAAAGAUGUCGAUGCUCCGAUCUUCGUUGAUGUCGAGAAGCCAGGUCGAGCCAUCUCAYGGCGAGAAUAUGCAUCUUCUAUCAAGCGACUUGCUGUGGGACUACGGGAGCUUGGUCUCAAGGACGGGGACAGUGUUGCGCUGCUCAGCUCCGGCGACAUCACUUAUUAUGUCCUUGGCGACGGCGUAGUCGCCGCUGGCGGUGUCUUCUCUCCCAUGGCUCCAUACGGAAAGCGCGAUGAGACCGCUCAGAAGAUGAAAUCAGCAGGCGCAAGCUGGGUCUUUGCAUCGCCCGAGUACUUGGAAGACGCCACAGCAGCUGCUCAAAGUGUCGGUAUUCCUGCAUCCCAGGUCUUGCUAUUUGAUGGUCGAUCCCCAGUGCCGGGAUCUAACCACGGAACCUUUAGCUCUCUCCUUCAUUCUGACGAGUCACUCUGGGAAGGUCACAACAGCCACGAGUCCAGCGAUGAUAGACCCUGCUAUCGACUCCUCACUUCAGGUUCGACCGGGCCACCUAAAGGAGUCGAACUCACGCAUGAAGUCAUGAUCGCGAGACAAGAAGAUGCGGUCUCGGUUAUUGAAAACAUCUCCAAGUUCAGCAUUGGGAAAAUUAGUAUCUACCCCAAGCUGAUGCUGGACAUGAUCACGGCCAUCCAGACGGGAGUCCGAGGUGCAGAAGAUCUURCUUCUCUGCGAUACUUAAAUUGUGGCGGAAGCUCAGUGCCUGCAUGGUCGCUCAAGACCAUGCGAGACUUUCUCCCUGACUGCAUGAAGCCCAUGUCGUUGUAUGGAAGUACAGAGGCCUUCUGCGUUACUGCGAUCCCACCCGGCGUUGCUCCAAUUCCAGGCUAUGUAGGAUGUUAUUCACCAGAAAUGGAAGUCACAAUUAUCGAUCCCGAAACUCUGGAAGACGUAGGACCCGAUGUUGACGGCGAGGUCUGUUGUAGAAAUCCUUGGGUGUUCAAAGGAUACUUCAACAACGAAGCUGCUACCAAUGCGGCUUUCGUCGAGAAUUCUCGGGGCAAAUGGCRUCGUACAGGCGACAAGGGUCGCUUUGUCUCAUCAGUCAAUCAACUCGCCAUUACCGGCCGCUACAAAGACGUCUUCGUUGUGGGCACCGAGAAGGUGUCGCCGGACCAAGUAGAGGCGGUUCUCGUCCAGCACGACGGGAUUGCAGAUGCUGGAGUUACUUCCACGCCGGACCAAGAACACGACGGCUUGUACAAGCCGAUUGCAUAUGUGGUGGCGCCAGAUUCUUCACUGACCGCACAAGAUGUGGUUGACUUCGCGGCCGAACGUCUCUCCUCGUCCAAGGUUCCCACUGGCGGUGUUGUCUUUUGUGAUAGGAUUCCACGGACGGACGUGCUCCAGAAGGUUAUGCGAAGGGCGCUGGACAAUAUCGAUGGUCAGCCAAGGUCUGCGAUGAACCUGACAGCUGCGCGGUAG